AAUCAUAAAACUGAGAAGUCAAUCCUUAGAGUUUGGUUAAUUCAUUGAUUUGAAAAUUAGCAUUUUGAAUUGCUAUUUUUAUACAUUCAUAUGUAUAAAAACGUUGGGUUUAACUUCAAAAAUCCUCUGAGGAUUAAUACUAAUCUUCUGGCUUCGUGCGAAUUACUUGCUUAGAAACCGUGAAGCAAGGACUCAUAGCCUUAAAAUCCUAGGGGCGCUAGAUGUCACCUUUGCGACUAUAAAAAGGUCAGUGAAAGUUGUUUGUUCAACAGUCAAGUUUUCGAGUCAUAGGCAUUCUUUUGUCAAAUAAACAUUCUGAAUUCAUUUACUACAUUAUUCCCGUCUUCUAAUUCCCACUUCACAACACACUCACACAUCUAAAAUGUCUUCAAAUUUAGUGUUACCUGUUCUUGCUCUCAUCUUCCUGUCAAUCAACCCAACUUCAUAUGCGUUUCCUGCCUUAGCCUCAUCCAUCUCUGGUACCUCUUUUGCUGAAACUGAUUCUCCACUAGUCUUGGAUGCACUUGAACCCAGCAUGUUACAGGAGGUUCCAUUCCCUGAUGUUAUUUCUGGCUAUAGCAAGAUGUCCUCUAAAAUCAGGUCAUACCUACCAGGAAACCCUUUGAAAGGUUUAUUCAAAUCUGAUGAAGAUUUUGUAAUCGAAAAACCUGAACAAAAACAAUCAAUAAUUGAUCCUCGCUUCCUCAAGGUUGCUUCAGCAGCUGUUGGGCAUUUAUUUCCUACUGAAAAGAACUCUGUUCCUGCUAUUGGUGCUCCUGUCGUUGCUCCUGUGGGUGCUGUCAUUGGUGAUAAAGCCAGUGCUGUUACAGGUGUUCCUGUCGGUAAAGCUUCAUCUAAUCAAAAGUUUGACUUGAACGUUGCAAAAAAAGUUUCAAUUAAAGCAAAGAAGCCCAAAAGCUUGGAAGCUUCAGUGAGAAUCCAACACCCAGUUGUCGGUGAACAAUAUGGAAGAAUUGCAUUGGAAGGGAUCAAUGGUCAAUAAAGAUAGCCAACAAUUGGGUUGAUUCAUUUGAAAUUAAAUUAAUCUCAAUUUUUUCUUCUUUUUUGCCAAUCAAAUUGUGAUUCCCUUUUUGUCACUCAAUUUUCAAAAUGAUAACAAUGUCACAAUUAUUAUUAUUAUUAUUAACAUUUUCUCAUUUCAACAACAAUAAGAGUUUUGACCACUACUUUAGGUUGAUGUUCAAUUCUGGUUAGCUGUAAGCUGACCAAACCUCUCAAGUAUUGUGUUAACGAAAGUUGCUUGAAAUGUUACGAUGUAAUUGGAAGCCGAUUUAGUCAAAUUAAAAUUUCAAUAAAUUAUCAUUAAAAUGAAACCAGAUUUAUAUUAUUAUACAUUCAUAAUCAACUUGAUUGACAUUUUAGCUUCGUAAAUUAGUUUAAUCAUAAGAUGAAAAUCUUCAAAAUCGGCUGUUGGAUCAUAAAAGUGUUGGGAAGUCACAAUUAUUAAGAUUACCAGAAAUUUCCUGGUUAUCUAGAACAAUUAAAGUUGUACUAGUUAUUAGGUAAAUUGUCAUGAUAAACAAUGAAUGUUGAUCUAAAAACAUGGAUUUAGAUUGAAUAUUGAAAUGGUUUGUUAACCCAUGAACAUUUUACCAAAAUCCAUGAAAGGUUUGAGAGGCGCAAGCACGAUAUCACCUUCAGCUUUGGCUAUUCCAGCAAUGAAAUCUUUCACGGCAGUUGAAA